GUGGCAGACAGUGACACCCACAUCUAAAUGUUAGAGAACUCUGGGGAGGGAGGGCCUUUAGUGAUGUAUCUUUUGAUAGACUGCAGGAACCCUAACCUUAGCCACCUUUGAUGGUAGUGAGAAGCUUUGGUCACUGGAGUGGGGCAGUAGAGAGGGAGCCAGAGGUCUGUUAGGGCAGAUGAGGCGGUGAACCCCUGAAGACUGAGCCCACAGAAGCUAGUUAAGGAAAAUCCUUGCAGGGGUUGGGCAGGAAUGAGAAAAGCUUCGGUUCUGCUAUGGGCCAGGUUAGAGUUGGAGGGACAUGCAAGGAACCCUCGUUUUUUACUUUAAGAGGAAGUUCUUCAGGCUGUUCAAGUGAUUGUCAUUUUCAAGUCUGUUAAUACUUUUGAGGCCAUGACAGGAAGGUGAAGUCACUAGGAAACAUGGCACCCCCAGGAGUUGGUUGGUAGCUCACUGUGCAGGGCCACUCCCCCACUCCAGUCCAAAGGUGAGGGCAUGUCCUUUCAGAGCCUGGCCCCUCCCUUCAUGGCUCUCCUUUACUCGGGCUCACAGGUUCCAGUCAAGGAAAGACCUGAGCAGGGCAGGUAACUCUGAGUCCCAAACCGGUUUUCCCACCUUACUUACUGCUGGCUUAUUACCUCUGGUAAUUUCCCAAUCCCUAACAUACCCCAGCCACCAAGUUCUCCCCACACUGGAAUGUAAGGGGGUGGGGGAUAUCCAAAUCAUCCUUUGUGCCUUGUUUGCCCUGAGUAUGGUUCCUUCCAAAAAGGCUGCCCAUAAACAUUUGGGUCUUUUGUAUUUCUGACACUAGGGGAUUAUUUCCAAGCCUUGAAAAUUAGUUUUUGGGUUUUUUUUAAUGCAAAUUGUGCUUAUAUUUGUACUGGAGUAGGGAUGAACCCGGGGUCUAGAGCAACCUAGGCAAGAGCCCUCACUGCUGAGCCACACUUCCCUCUGAGGAAGAGACCAGAAAGCCUAGCCUACCCAAUGGGCCUGCUCUGAGUAGUAAGUAGGAGGGAGCAGGGGUGUUUUCUCUAGAUGCUCCUGAACAGACAGGUCCUUUAUCGCCAGUACCAAGACAAAUCACUUUAAUUUGCUUCCUGCCAAUAAGAACCUCUUACUGUUCCCAGGAUUUAACACAAUCUGAUGCCAAUAGGGCCCUUUCUCUAUGCUAGGUGUCAAGCACUCAGAUGCCCUUAGGAGGUAACAAAACCCACAAUAAACAGGCAGAAGAGGUUCAGUUAUGUGCCCAAGGCUACAUUAGGCUGCUGGAAGCAAACUUUCCCCUCAGGCAGGCUCUGGAAGUAUCCCUUCAGUACUUUGUAUUCUUUCGUUAAGGAGGGUCCUGGUUGCAGAAGUCAGUUUCUAGCCCAUCGUGGAAUAUCCCUCUGGAGAACGAUAAGAGGUGUGACAGUGACUGCUGAAGCUCUUGUUUUCAUGUAUACAGCGGAUUUCUAAUCCCUAAUCCCCAUACAAAUACAGGCCACUUACGCUUUUUUUCAUUUUGUAAAUUUCUUUCAAAAUAAAUUAUUGGGACAAGUAGAUGAAAACUUUCUAUUUUACAAAGAAGGAAAUAGGGUUAAGGAAUUAAAUGGCCUUGCCCAAGAAAAUGGCCUUAAACUGCCCUCCCUGGGAAUCUGGGUUACAUAUUAAAUGCCCCAGUAGGAUACAUUGGGAUGAGGAAAUGGCAAUGACCCUAGGUCUACAGAGCUUUGGAGGGAGCUAGAGGAAGCACUGGCUGUGCUUCUAAAGGACCCAGGUUUGAUCCCCAGCACCCACAUAGUGGCUUACAACCAUCUGAAACUAGUUCUAGGGGAUCCAACACCUGCCCUCUGCAGGCAUCAGGAACACAUGUGGUACACAGAUAUACAUACAGGUAAAACACCCAUACACAUGCAAAAAUAAAAUACUUAUUUAAAAAUAGAUAACUUAUCACACAGCAUCAGUAGGUAUCAGACUAAAAGAGUGCCUGCCUCCCUAAAUGCUAACAUGCAUGGAGAUGCUGCUUCCUUUAGGACUGACAAAUGGCACAGAAGGGAAUGGUUUCUGGGGACAUAGCUGGUUUUGGCAGAGCCCAAAUUGGGCAGUGAUUGGCCAGCAAGUGAUGUGGGCAGAUAGCUGAUGCCUUCUUGGGAAGAAAGGAAGAUAUGAACAGAUAACUGCCCCUUCAAAGCUGGGACCCAGGGGAAAGAUAUGGAAAAACUACAACUCCCAGAAGUCUCUGUUUCCAGGCAAGUAGCGACGGUUGCUAUGGUUUCAGAAAACAAUAUGGCUGCUCCCAGAUGGGAUUUGAAUCUGUGCCGAGUAGGAAAGUAAACGUAGAUCCGAAAGCUCACAGGGGCGAGAGGAGGCACUUGAAGGGUCCUGGGGCUGGCGUUGGGCUCUGUGGGGAGCACUGAGGCCUUGCCCAGAAGCCAAUGGCAAGCAGCGUGGAUGAGGAGACUCUGCACCAGCUGUACCUGUGGGUAGACAACAUCCCUCUGUCCCGACCCAAGAGAAACCUCUCCCGGGACUUCAGUGACGGAGUCCUGGUUGCAGAGCUUAUCAAGUUUUACUUCCCGAAGAUGGUGGAGAUGCACAAUUAUGUCCCUGCUAACUCUCUCCAGCAGAAGCUCAGCAACUGGGGUCACCUGAACAGAAAGGUGCUGAACAAGCUGAACUUCUCCGUCCCCGAUGAUGUGAUGCGGAAGAUUGCGCAGUGUUCUCCGGGUGUAGUGGAGCUGGUGCUCAUUCCACUAAGGCAGCGCCUGGAGGAGCGGCAGAGGCGCCAGAAACUGGGUGCUGGCUCCUUACAGGAGCUGGCUUCUCAGGAUGUCAGUGGCUACAUGGAUAUGGGUCUGUCCCAGAAGACUCUAGGAGACGGUGCUCCAGCCCUAGGAGGAGAGCAGCUCAGAGGGGGCCGGCAGCCGGCGCCUCGACCCCCUGGAUAUAACCAGGCGCUUCAGGGCGAUCCGAGCUUCGUCCUUCAGAUCGCCGAAAAGGAGCAGGAGCUGCUGGCCUCUCAAGAGACAGUGCAGGUCCUGCAGAUGAAGGUGAAGCGUCUGGAACACCUGCUCCAACUCAAGAACGUGCGCAUCGAUGACCUCUCCCGGAGGCUCCAGCAGGCCGAGCGCAAGCAGCGGUGAGCAGUGCCCGGGCUGCGCGGGUCUUCCCAGUACCCGCUGGAGCCCCAUCGCAGCGACCUACCCACUCACCUGCGGACGCAGGAUUGGGAGGGCGGAGCGAGCUGCUCACUGGCGCCCCCUGCAGCAGCGGCGCUCGGACGCGGAGGGUUUGGGCGAACUUGGGGGUGUUCAAAGCCGAGACCUGGGAUUGAUCCUCCUCCUUACACUCCAUCCGGGCCAGGAGAAAAGACCACUUUCCACAGCCCAGAAAACCUGUGCGGACACACGGCAUGACCUCCCAAACCGUGUCCACUUUGAGGCUCCCAGCGCUGGGCCUGGAGAGGCGGUCCUCUGGUUCCUUUCUCAGCUCAGAGGACAGUCCUGUCUCCAACCAUUCUAAUUCUCCUUGGCCUCGUACACGGGAGCAGCUACCCCCGGAAGUGGAGGGAUUCUCUUGCCCCUCCUGGGUGCUUACAUGGGACCCAUCUCAGGGCUGGAGACCACUGCAGCUGGAGAGGAAAGGAUAAGGUGUUGAAGAAACCAGGAGUAAGAGGCAUCCAGCUGUGUGCAAUAGCCUUUUCCGCACGGAACAAUACAAGGAGUGCCUGGGGAAGACAGAACAGAGUCGUCUCUAUUAAAAGUGGUGUUGUGCGUUC